CUCUGCAGUACUUGGCUGACUCCACACCGGCCCUGGAAGCGCGGCAGGGGACACAGCCAGCGGCGCAGAGGAAUCCUGCCAGCACUGCCUCUCUGAGACGAAAAGCCGUCAAGCCUAAUCUUUUGAUGAAAAGAGUUGUUGAAGUCAUGAGUGCUUCACAGUUUCUCUCCACUCUUACUCUUGCGCUUCUCCUGCUCAGAGACGGUGCCGCGUGGUCUUACGGUGCCUCCACGGAAAGCAUGACCUUCGAGGAGGCCAGGGCUUAUUGUCAGCAGAGGUACACGCAUCUGGUCGCCAUUCAGAACCAGGAGGAGAUUGAACACCUGAACUCCAAAUUCAGCUUUUCCCCCAGUUACUACUGGAUCGGACUCAGGAAGAUCAACAGCACGUGGACCUGGGUGGGGACCCAGAAGCCUCUGACCGAAGAAGCCGAGAACUGGGCUUCGGGGGAGCCGAACAACAAACAAGAGAAUGAGGACUGCGUGGAGAUCUACAUCAAGAGGGCCACGGACACGGGCCGGUGGAACGACGAGAGGUGUGACAAGAAGAAGCUGGCCCUGUGCUACGAAGCCGCCUGCACCCCCGCCUCCUGCAGUGGCCACGGCGAGUGCGUGGAGACCAUCAACAACUACACCUGCCGGUGCCAGCCUGGCUUCCAUGGACUCAGGUGUGAGCAAGUGGCCGAGUGUGGCGCUUUGACAGAGCCUGCCAACGGAGUCGUGGAAUGUCCCCAGAGCCCGGGAGGCUUCCCGUGGAACACAACCUGUGCGUUUCACUGUCAGGAGGGAUUUGAGCUCCUGGGAGCCCAGCGCCUCCAGUGCACCUCAUCUGGGAAAUGGGACAACGAGGAGCCAGUGUGUAAAGCUGUGACAUGUAGCGCCAUGGGCCACCCUCAGGACGGCUCUGUGAGCUGCAGGCACUCGCCCGCGGGACAGUUCGCCUUCAAGUCAUCCUGCAGCUUCACCUGUAAGGAAGGCUUCGUGCUGCAGGGGCCGACCCAGACCGAAUGCACCGCACGAGGGCAGUGGACACAACAAGCCCCCACUUGUGAGGCUUUCCAGUGCGAAGCCUUGUCCAGCCCAGAGAGAGGCUAUGUGAAUUGCCUUCCUGGUACCUCUGGAAGUUUCCACAGUGGGUCCAGCUGUGAGUUCUCCUGUGAGCAGGGGUUUGUGCUGAAGGGACCCCAAAAGCUCCAGUGUGGCGCCACAGGGGAAUGGGACAGUGAGAAGCCCACGUGUGAAGCUGUGAGAUGUGACACCGUCCGCCAGCCCCGGGGGGGCGCAGUGAGGUGUUCGCAUCCCCCGACGGGGCAGUUCACUUACAAGUCCUCCUGCGCCUUCAGCUGUGAAGAAGGUUUUGAGCUGCACGGAUCCCCUCACCUCGAGUGCACGCCUGAGGGACGGUGGACACAGGAGGUGCCCUCCUGCCAAGCGGUGCGCUGUCCGAGCCUGGCCGCUCCCACCAAGGUCAGCGUGAGCUGCAGCGGGGAGCCCGUGUUUGGUGCCAUGUGCACGUUUGCGUGUCCUGAGGGCUGGAAGCUCAAUGGCUCUGACGCUCUGACGUGUGGUGCCGCAGGACACUGGUCUGAGGUGCUGCCCACCUGUGCAGCUCCCCCCGAGUCCAGCGUCCCCCUGGUGGCUGGACUCUCUGCUGCUGGGACUUCCCUCCUGACAUUAGCAUCAUUUCUGCUCUGGCUUCUGAAACGCCUGCGGAGAAAAGCGAGGAAAUUCGUCCCUGCCAGCAGCUACCAAAGCCUUCAGUCAGCGGGGUCCUACCAAAUGCCUUCUGAGUUGAUUUAAGUCCAAAGCAAUCAGGAGCCCGGGUCCACGGGGAGCAGCGCAGUACCAGCACCCCCAAAGACAGCAGAGGCAGGGCCCCUCCUGGAGUCUGGGCCCUUCUUGCCUCUGACCCACCACCUUUGCUGCCCACGAAGCUGUCAUGCACCACCCAGCGGGGCUGAGCCCCCCUCUCCCAUCCUGGAAUCUGGGGGUGUCCGGGGACUGGACGGAAAGGACCUUCUCUCCAGGCAAAGCAAAGGGGCCAAGGCCCUGGGGGCCCAGAAUCCAUGUCCAAUCCUCCCACGCCUGCUGUGGCACCUCAGCGGAGACACGCAGUGUUUUGUGGGCAUCGUUUCUCUCUGGCUCCUCACAGUGUUUCCGUGGCCGAUUAUGCGGCUGCUGCCAUGGGGGUGAAGAUGAUGGUCCCCAAUUCAGAGGAAACAAACUGGCCAAAGAGAUUCUAUUAGUCACCGCAAAGCAAAAAUGACCAUGUUUUACGCCCAUGGUGACCGCGCAGGGAAGGUUUGUUGACAGUACAAGUCCGACCUGGUACUAGGCGCGGGCAACACGAAGCACAGCGUGGACCACGCUGCUCUGAGGAUGCCAAGGAGAGGGGCUUUGGAAAGCGUUCCAAGCGGCCGUGUUCUUUCUGCUCACACUGGAUCCAGGAGAAGCUCCCAUAACUCUUAAUUCAGUGCACGUGUUGCAAGAGCUUUAAAAUAGGGAACUAUUAGGACAACGAUAGGAUAAAAGUUACUGAUCGUAGAUCUUUUCUUACUAACAAAUUCUAGUGUUACAUCUGCAUGAAUUCAUUCCAAAAAAGGGCAAAUACUGUCCCUUAGUAAUGCAUGAUGUUAGCCAGUGUAAAGUUCUGAAUGUCUGACUACAGUUGCUCUUAAGAACACGAGUGGUAUCCAGAGAGCGAGGCCCGGUGGGCACACACACUUGUGCACUCAGGCACCAUCUUCAGAGGUCUGUGGUUUCCAUGGUGAAGAACUUCUAUGAGGCCAGAUGUUCUGACAAGAUAGAACUGUAAAUGCCAACAAAUGAAGGUACAAUUUUAUGAAUGUCUGUGUUGAACAAAGCACGCAGAAACGUGGAUGUGUUUUGUGUUUCUACGAAAAUGUCAGAAGUGAUGUGUCAACAUAGAAUCAUUGUAUGUUACAUAAGCUUUUAAAUCUGUGACAGGAACUCACCAUGUAAAGGAUUUGCCUAGUGGAUUUUUAAAGAGUGAUCCUGCCUAGUAAUUAUUCCCUAAUUGUCUUAUUCUGUUUGAGUGUUCUUGAAGAGAAGAAAGCCUAUAUGAGCAUAUUUAUAUUUAUUUAUAAUAAAUUGUCACUGGCAAUGGUGAAUUACCCAUCGGUAUUGCCAGCGCUGUCCAACCUUGUAGCCUUAGAAUCAAAGCUCCCCCACACUUGCAGUAAUUAACUCAGCGUGUGCUUCAGAGAAGUGCCAGCUGCGUAGUGGCAAGGCCAAAAGGAAACAGGGAUAUGCCAAGGGCGAGAACAGAAGGUUUUUAGGGGGCAAAAGAACUCAGGGAAAUAAGGGAGAGAGCAAAAAACCCCACAUCUAUUGUGAUCAAGCUACUUGUGGGAAGAAUUAUUGUUUUCUCUGAAAUUGUUCAAACGUUGUAAAUAUUUCUACAUACUGCAUUGGAAAUAGCUGUGUGAGAUGUACAUGUCGUCUGUGUGUGGGUUUUAUAAAGUAUUUUAAAUUAUGGUUUAAAAUAUUUUAUGAUUUUUAAAGUAUGUAUUUAUUUAAGCUGAUGUCAUACCUGUUCUGUAUUUGACAUUAGCGCUACAAAGUUUGAUAAUAAAUGUGUUUAUGUUUA